UUACCUCAUUCACUUCCAAUUUUUUUCCUCCACCAUGGGAAGCAUGAAGGUGCAUCAGUUGGCACGUGGAUUCUGGGAGCAUGAACAGACCUCGCUUUCGCUUGGUUGCAAGCGCCUUCGUCCUCUUGCUCCUAAGCUAGCUAACAACACUACUACUACCGCCACUGAGAUUACUAAUACUAUUACUAGUGUCAGUUCUUUCGAUCUUAAGAGCUUCAUUAGACCUGAAAGUGGUCCUAGAAAACUUGGCUCAUCUGAGGACAAGAAAGAUUCGCCACCUCAGGUGGAAACGCACCCAGGAGGGACCCGGUGGAACCCGACUCAAGAACAGAUAGGAAUAUUGGAGAUGCUGUAUAGGGGAGGAAUGAGAACUCCCAAUGCUCAACAAAUAGAACAAAUCACUGCGCAACUAAGCAGAUAUGGCAAGAUUGAAGGGAAGAAUGUCUUUUACUGGUUUCAAAACCACAAAGCCCGCGAAAGGCAAAAGCAGAAACGCAACAGCCUUGGUCUAAGCCAUAGUCCGAGAACUCCAGGCCCCAUUACCACUAUAUCGUUGGAAACUAAGGGAGAAGUACUUGAGAAAGAUGAAGACAGUCCAUACAAGAGAAAGUGCAGAAGCUGGGGUUUUGAAUGUUUGGAAUUAGAAGAGAGCAGGUCAUCGUGUAGAGAGGAAGGAGAUAGAACUCUGGAGCUUUUUCCAUUGCACCCGGAAGGCAGAUGAAGGGGUUUGAAAAAGAAAAAAAUUAAUUUAAUUUUCUCAUAAAUUAAUCAACCUUUGUUUCUAUUGUGAUCGUGAUGAUGAUGAUGAUAUGCAGCUUGCAUGAUGUGCUUUUCUUUCUUUAUUUCUUCACAUUGGCUGCAAGAGAGAGAGAAAGAAAGAAAGAAAGAAAGAACAAGUUGUCUCUUUGUACUCUAUUUAUCUCUGACUUGGGAACUAAAGCUCUUUGUCACUCUUUAUUCCAUGAUCCUUUUUCUCUAGUGUUUGACUAAUAACAAAGGAGAAAGUAAAUUUGUUGGGACAAACUAAACUUUUAGGUUAAAAAAAAAAAGAGUUGCCUAUAUGGACACUGAAGUCCAAGCACCUACUUGUAAAUCUCAAGCCUAUUCUUUCAAGGAAAAUUUGAAGUUCAAAUGGGAAAA